AUGCAUACCGUUUUUCGAAUUGGAAUAGUACAAAAAAUUGACCAAAAUCAUGAACUUUAUCAAGUGAAUCUUAAUCUUACAUCAGAUGAUGACAAACAACUUCGUCAACUUACAGAAUUUAUCCGAGAAGAAGAUCGAAGUUCAGCAGGAUGGCCACGCAUGGGUAAUCUACUAAUGAAAAUAGGCGAAUUCAAUAAAGCUGCAGCAUUGUAUACCGUACUACUUCAACAAGCAUCUGAUGACCAUACAAAAGCUAAUAUUUAUAACAAUCUUGGUUUAACAAAAGAGAAACUAGGUGAGAACGAAGAAGCAAUAAGAUAUUACAAAAAAUCCCUCACGAUUCAUCGAAAUAGUCUCCCAGCACAUCAUCUUUCACUCGCUACUUCCUACAACAACAUCGGUGUAGCGUAUUAUAAGAUGGGUGACUAUUCGCAAGCACUUGAGUUUUACAUUAGUGCAUUAGAAAUAAAGGAAAAAGCUGAACCUCCAAAUCCACUUGAUUUAGCUACUUCCUAUAACAACAUCGGUCUAGUUUACGACAAUAUGGGUAAACACUCGAACGCACUUGAAUUUUACGAAAAAGCGAAUAAAAUCAAUGAACAAACGCUUCCUUCUAAUCAUCCUCACUUAGCGACUGGUUACAAUAAUGUCGGUGCUGUAUAUAGCAAUAUUGGUGACUACACGAAAGCACUUCAAUUUUAUGAAAAAGCACUUAAAAUAGGUGAAAAAAGUCUAUCCCCGCAUCAUCCCGAUUUGGCUGCCUCCUAUAAUAACAUUGCUGGAGCACAUAUGCAGAUGAAGGAAUACUCAAAGGCACUUGAAUUUUACGAAAAAGCGGGUAAAAUCUACGAAAAAUCUCUGUCACUAGAUCAUCCCUCAUUGGCUAUUUCCUAUAACAACAUUGCUUCAGUAUAUGAUAACAUGGGUGAACACUCAAAGGCACUUGAAUUUUACGAAAAAGCACUUAAAAUAAAAGAAAAAUCUCUGUCAUUAGAUCAUCCCUCAUUGGCUAUUUCCUAUAACAACAUUGCUUCAAUAUAUGAUAACAUGGGUGAACACGCAAAGGCACUUGAAUUUUACAAAAAAGCACUUAAAAUACAAGAAAAAUCUGAGCCUCCAAAUUAUUCCAUUUUGGCUAUUUUCUACAACAACAUUGGUCAAGUGUAUAAUAAGACGCACGAAUGCUCGAAGGCACUUGAAUUUUACGAAAAAUCACAUAAAAUCAAAGAAAAAGCUCUGCCUCCGAAUCAUCCCGACUUGGCUACUUCCUACCACAACAUUGCUGGGGUGUAUCAGAACCUAGGUGACUACUCGAAAGCACUUGAAUUUUACGAAAAAGACUUAGAAAUAACAAAAAAAGGCCUGCCUCCGAAUCAUCCCGACUUGGCUACUUCCUACAACAACAUUGCUGGAGUGUAUCUAAACAUAGGUGACUACUCGAAAGCACUUGAAUUUUACGAAAAAGACUUAGAAAUAAUAAGAAAAGCUCUGCCUCCGAAUCAUCCCGACUUGGCUAUUUCAUACAACAACAUCGGCCUAGUGUAUAACAGCAUGGGUGACUACUGGAAAGCACUUGAGUUUUACGAAAAAUCUCAUGAAAUAAAAGAAAAAGCUCUGCCUCCGAAUCAUCCCUCAUUGGCUAUCUCUUAUGGCAACAUUGGUCAAGUGUAUGACAACAUAGGCAACUGCUCCAAAGCACUUUCAUUUCUCGAAAAGGCGCUUGCUAUCCAACAAAAAACACUUUCACCAUCAGAUCCUCACAUUAUGGAAACGAUUCGUAGAAUUAACGAUGUUAAAAAGGUGUAA